AUGUGGUCCCCGCGCCCCACACAGCGAGCGGCUGACCUCUGUCAGCUUGCCUCCCUUCUACCGCCUCUGGAAGACCCCGAUUCCCAACUUCCCACUAGUAAAAGGCUCCGCCUCGAAGAGCCUGAGGAAGUCUCUGAGGCGACACAGAGGCUCCCUCUUCUCGUGCCUCGCUUGUCUGAGGUAGCAAAAACGCGGGAGUUGCCCGUCAGGCCGUUCGAGGCGCUCCUCGUUUCAACUAAGGAGAAUUUUGAUUCUCCUGUGGAGAAAUCAGUCAGUGGGAGGCAGAGGCAUCAUCUGGAAUGCCAGAAUAGCCCAUUUCAGAGGAUUAGCUCUCCUCAGUCGAUCCCCUCACAACAUUUUGAAUCUGGUUUGAGGGCUUCGGGAAGGUCUUGGCGCCAAGGACUGAGUGGAAGGAAGGUUUUCGGCGGGCACGGCCUUAGUCGAUCUAACUCAGAGGCUUGCCAACUUCUGUCCGACACUUCCUCACAUGAUAUACCUGGAGAUAAAAACAAAGAGGGAAAACAAUAUUUAGCACAAGGGAGAAACAGUAGUCAGAAAGACAAUAGCUAUAUAAAACAGGCAGAAAAUCCAUUUUUAGAUGGUACCUUUUACAAGGACGCUAAAUCAACACUUCAUGAAAUUAAGAACAGAUGUAAAGCUGACAGUGCUACGCCAUCGAAUAAAAAAGAAAAUAACAUUUUACCAUCUAUACUAAAUAUAUCAAAAUCUUCCAACCAGCCCAGCUUGGAAAUUGCUAAACCCUGCUAUUUCAGAGAAAGCAGCACAAUAAGUAUCCUCAAGUUUCCAACUGAUUUAAAUAGCAAAAUGUCCUCUAUCUAUUUAAAGGAAAGAGCAAAGGAAAAAAAUGACAAAAAUGAGACAUAUGUUAGGGAUUUCACAAAUGUUUACUGUUCUCAGUAUAAACCUGAUGUUAAGAAGCAAAAGUUACAGGAUGAUAAUAAAAUUGUGGAUGUGGAAAAUACUUUUUCUGAGUAUUGUGAAAACAACCACAAAUCACUCAGAAAUCAAAAUACUUGCAAGGUAAAAAAAGACUUGAUCAGUUUCAACUACGCUAUCCACAAUAGUCUUAAGCACGAUGAACACAUUUCUGAAAAGAAUGUAACUAUGAUAUUAAAAAGUGCAAAAGGAAAGGAAACAGAAAGAUGGCUAGACAGUUACUUACCAACCAGGUUGGAAAAUUUUCAAAGCAGAGGCUAUACUACUAACUGUAUUUUGAAGAGAAAGAGGGAAAGUUGUUGGAAUAUGAAUAAUUGGACUACUAAGUGUGAAAAUAUGAAAAUAUAUGGAGGAAAAUUAAAAUUGCAACAGUCAUUGGAAAUAGGCGUUUUUAACAAGGAAGAUUAUCACAAUACAAAAACUACGAAUACAUGCAAAGAAUAUUUAAAGCAUUUUGUGAUAGAAACACAGGGUAGUAAAAAAGGCUUAAUAAAAAUUGUUUGCAUAAGUGGUCAAAAAGAAAAUGACAAUUUGCUACCAUUCAGAUAUUAUACUACACAAAAAGGCUUACAUCUAAGCAAACUUUUUGAAAGUUUUAACACAGAAAUCUUUUGUUUACAAGAAUAUAUUUCAGUAAGUAAAAAAGAUAAUAGUAUUUUUAUCUGGUCUGAAACUUUGAAGUGCAAAGAGAGAAUUGAUAUUCAAAAUCCCAAGAAUAUGAAUGUUGAAAGACAUAAUAAUGUUUUAAGUACAUACAUGCAGACCAGUGUUCCAGAAAUUCUAAAUCUUAUAUUGAACACCAACCUGGACUCUUUAACAAAGAUGGAAAAUGAACUUAAAUUUGGAGAGGAAUACAUAUUCAAAUGGUUAGCAGAUUUGAGUUUUCCGAAAACUAUCAUAAUGGAAAGUCAUUCUUCAUAUCAAGUAAAGAUUUUAGCUUUUUCACCUCUGUUGGAAGAUAAUAUAAGACCUGUGUUGAAGAAAAGAAAGCUAUUUCAAAUUGAAAAAAAUUUUGAAGGAGCUAAGAAAGAAGUUAAAAAUAGUUCCUUCAGUAUGACUACUGAAAAUAAAUGUUUUCCAAUUAUUAAAAUUAAUGAAAAAAUCCCUCUAUUAAUGGAUUUUGAUGAUAUGGAUGGCAGUUUUUGGAACAAAAUAACUACUCACAAGGAUAAUGGUCUCGAAAGUGUCCUCUUGGAUGGGGAAACUUGGGCCCCUGCUAGUGCUUCAGAUGCUAAGACUGGUCCUCAGUUUACCCAGGACUACCAAAGUUAUAUUAAUGAAAAUAUUUAUGAAAUAAAUGCGUCAGACAUAGAAAGACAACAGGAGCAUAAGAUCACUAACUUUAAUUCUGAAGGCAUAUCUGAGGAUUACUUUCACAUCAAACCACAGAACACCCCAGCAAGCCACAUAACAAUACCUGAUCAGCAAACCAAUACUAUGACUAUAAUUCAGGUACCAAAAUUUGAGAACUUCCUAAGUGAAAUUAAAGGUAAAGAAGAUGAAAAUUUGAAGGAAGAAAUUAAAACUACAGAACAAAGUUUAAUGAGUAGUUGUCACACUCAUAAAAAUAUUAAGAUAGAAAAGGAAAAGAAAGAGAGUUUCUCUUUAAGGAAUAGUAUGUUUUCUGUACAUUCAAUUUCAUCAAUGAGCAAGAAAGUAAAUGUGGAAGAUGCUAUACAGACAAAACAAAUAUGUGUUAAUCAAAAUAAUGCUGACAGACAUGAAUAUGAAAGCAGUUGUCAAGAAAGUGAGUUAGUUAAUCCAAAGCAUUUUCAUCCGAAGAAUGACUCUACAGAAUGUGCUAAUCAUCAAUUUGAACCUGAUUUGAGUGCUGGAAACAAUGAAUGUUUUCAGAACUUAGCAGCCAAGUGUUUAUCAACAGAAGCUCUGACAAUAGGAAAAGAUUUUGAAAUGAAGAGUAAAUUUGAUUUAGUACUUGAAGAGCUUCAUAUGUUUCAUGAAAUUAGUAAGGAGAAAGAAAUUCUAAAUACUGUUGAAACACACAUUGGGCAAGAAAAUUUCUUGGAAUACAGCAAUGAUAUUGAAGAGGUAGAAAAAGAGAUAGAAAAAGAUUUUCAAGUGUUUGCUGACAUGAAAAUGUGUGCUUCGUCUUCGCUCUGUGAUAAUAAAGCUGGCCUUCCUAUGCAUAAAAGCCACCAAAGUUCAUUUAAGUGGAAAACACAACCCACUGAUGGAAAGCAGGAAGUCCCUAAUAAAUAUCGCUGCUCGGGAGCAUCAAAGGAAGAAUUACUCUAUUCUAUUUCUGAAGAAGAUUGUGAAAAACCUUUACCUCAAAGGCCUGCUUUGCUUUCUGAUGAAUUUAAGGAAGAAAGACAUAAUUCUGUACUGAAAGGAGGUAACUCUUUUUCACAUGGAAUUUUAAGAAUACAUCCACUUAAGACAUGCAGUCGACCAAUGAGAAUUGGUUUGUCAAGAAAAGCUAAGCUUAAACAGCUUCAUCCUUAUCUGAAAUAA